AAGUUCGUGAACGCAACAUUACGGUUACUCGUCUUCCGGUUGUUGGAUAAACGCAGCUACGCAACAUGAACGCUUCUGUUGUGGUCCGAAGGUUAGCGGCUCUGUCCGGGGCCUCGGCGGUGGCAGCUGGGGCGUACGGAGCUCAUGGUUUCAAAAACAGUGACCCAGAUGACUACCAGAGAGUGCUAUUUGAAACUGCCAACAAGUACCAUUUUUACCACAGCCUGGCCCUGCUGGGAGCUGCCCACUCUGGCAAACCUGCUGUGACCGUUUGUCAGACCGGUCACGCCCCUCGCCGUCCAGUGGUCUCUGGAGGAUGGAAUCCCAGGCCGGUACCAUCCUGAUCGCGGGCAUGGGGAUGUUCUGUGGCGCUUUGUACCACCAGGCUCUGACAGGGGACCCCGGCCUCCGCAAAGUGGCUCCCAUUGGGGGCGUCGCUAUGAUCGCCGGCUGGCUGGCCAUGAUUCUCUGAACUGUGACAGCUCACGUCUUCUCCAAGGGGCCACUAUGUGACACUAAACUGUCAGACUGCUAAUGGAUGAACUGGAGAGCUUGUAAGAGUUUGGCUGAGGGGCAGCGCUGAGUUAUAAUGUCACCCAUCCAACCGCUGCCUGCCUUGGGCUGUGGGUGUCACCAGGAGAUAAGGUCACAACAGGAUUAUCACUUUUCGACCAUUGCUGUCUGUUUCUGACUGAGGCCCUUUGAUGAGUUAAACUGGAGAAGAAGAAGAAUUUAUUGCUUCAAAAUAAAAUGCUGUGAAUUGUUUUUAUCUUUAGUAGCAUUUUAGUGUUGCACUCAGAAAGAAAAUCAUUAAUAAGCUAACAUACUUUUCAGUAAUCAAGUAUAGUCUUGUAAUUAUUCUGUUUUUACUGUAUUUUCCCCUACUGCAGUAAAUACAGUUGAUAUGUAUCUGUAUAUUUAAACAGCAUAGGUGGCCAAAUAGAGUAAAAAUGAAUGCGAAGGAUUUCAGUUCAAAUAAAUAUUUUUUAUUACGCAA